GCGCACCCGCCCGUCGUUCCGCACAGGGUUGGAUAGUUGUGUCGGCCAGGGUGGCUCCAGGAUGUUAGGGACUGUGAAGAUGGAAGGGCAUGAGAGCAACGACUGGAACAGCUACUACGCGGACACGCAGGAGGCCUACUCCUCUGUCCCGGUCAGCAACAUGAACUCCGGCCUGGGCUCCAUGAACUCCAUGAACACCUACAUGACCAUGAACACCAUGACCACGAGCGGCAACAUGACCCCGGCUUCCUUCAACAUGUCCUACGCCAACCCGGGCUUAGGGGCCGGCCUGAGUCCGGGUGCUGUGGCCGGCAUGCCCGGGGGCUCUGCAGGCGCCAUGAACAGCAUGACGGCGGCGGGCGUCACAGCCAUGGGUGCGGCGCUGAGCCCGGGAGGCAUGGGCUCCAUGGGCGCGCAGCCCGCGGCCUCUAUGAACGGCCUGGGUCCCUACGCUGCCGCCAUGAACCCGUGCAUGAGUCCCAUGGCGUACGCUCCGUCCAAUCUGGGCCGCAGCCGCGCGGGGGGCGGCGGCGACGCCAAGACGUUCAAGCGCAGUUACCCUCACGCCAAGCCGCCCUACUCCUACAUCUCGCUCAUCACCAUGGCCAUCCAGCAGGCGCCCAGCAAGAUGCUCACGCUGAGCGAAAUCUACCAGUGGAUCAUGGACCUCUUCCCCUAUUACCGUCAGAACCAGCAGCGCUGGCAGAACUCCAUUCGCCACUCACUGUCUUUCAACGAUUGUUUCGUCAAGGUGGCGCGAUCCCCGGACAAGCCGGGCAAGGGCUCCUACUGGACGCUGCACCCGGACUCCGGCAACAUGUUCGAGAACGGCUGCUACUUGCGCCGUCAAAAGCGCUUCAAGUGUGAGAAGCAGCCGGGGGCCGGAGGUGGGAGUGGGGGCGGCGGCUCCAAGGGGGUCCCAGAAAACCGCAAAGACCCCUCAGGCCCGGUUAACCCCAGUGCCGAAUCACCCAUUCAUCGGGGUGUGCACGGAAAGGCUAGCCAGCUAGAGGGCGCGCCGGCCCCCGGGCCCGCCGCCAGCCCCCAGACUCUGGACCACAGUGGGGCCACGGCGACAGGGGGCGCUUCGGAGUUGAAGUCUCCAGCUUCUUCAUCUGCGCCCCCCAUAAGCUCCGGGCCAGGGGCGCUGGCAUCUGUACCCCCCUCUCACCCGGCACAUGGCCUUGCACCCCACGAAUCUCAGCUGCACCUGAAAGGGGACCCCCACUACUCCUUUAACCACCCCUUCUCCAUCAACAACCUCAUGUCCUCCUCGGAGCAGCAGCACAAGCUGGACUUCAAGGCAUAUGAGCAGGCACUGCAGUACUCUCCUUACGGCGCCACCUUGCCCGCCAGUCUGCCCCUUGGCAGCGCCUCAGUGGCCACGAGGAGCCCCAUCGAGCCCUCAGCCCUGGAGCCGGCCUACUACCAAGAAGUAUUUGAAUAAGAAUAAAAUAGCAACCGUGGCUGCUAAAAUUAAGUUAUCUACCACAGACUCUGAACCCUGAAACAAAACUUGGCUGUCAUAGUUUGGAGAGUUGGAGGAGGAGGGCAGUUAAUUCAUUCCUGCCGGGGAAGCUUUGUGAGUAUUUCAGGGUAGCUGCUGUUUUGUGUUUUGUGAAGAUAUUUUUAAAAUAUUGUUUCUAAGAACUUAAGGCUGAUGGCUUGUUUGCCUUGUAAGACGCUUUGAAAUGCAACUUCACACCCCAUAGUUGCUUGAGAUCACAAAAUCAUUAAUCUCCUUUGAUAGUAGGUUCACUUUCCAGUCCACCUAUUUCUUUGUAAGGCUUGUUCGGAUUGACACCAACAAUAACAGCACAAGCCGAAGCAGAGGCUGGCCUGCCUGAGCCCUCAUGUGUGUGUGAACCCCAUCCUCACCGGGGCUUGAACUUGGGCAGCCUGUACUGUGAUCGCAGUACUCCACACUGCAGACAAGAUAUAAAAAAAAAAAAAAAGAGCCGUGCCAGUCGCUUAAUUAUCGAGUAAUUACCUCCCCAGAUGAGAAAAGGGGUGCCACGUAGCCACUUGAGAAAAAUCCAGAAAUCCCUGCUUUGCUCUCUGCCACUAAUGAAAGGAGGGAAGAGAAAUUGCUGCGUGAGUAAUUUCAAAACUUAAUUCCUAGCCCUCUAAAGGACAUCAAGCAUAUCCCAAAGACGGGAAAAGCUUUCGAUCCCAACAGUUACACAUACCACGGGUAAAUAAAUGAAUGCCAAUAAAUUCAAACUCUCAUGUAAUACAAAAGCGUGAUCUUCGGCCUUUGCUUUUCUCAUGUUGCCCUGAAAUGAAAGUCUAACUUCGGAUGCGGUCCCUUUCUCCCCCAGGCUUGUGUAGGUCUUAGGUCUUGCUCCUCGACUCUUCGUGGAGUUUUCUGGGUUUGCAGAGGAGAGGAGCCUGUGGUCCAGGCCUCCCUCGGAACGGGCGAGGCGGGAUGAGGGAAGCCAGAGCGGCGGGUCGGCUUCGAGCCGGUUCCGAGUCUACGCUCUCCGCCACCUCCGGACAACGCGCGCCUCUGGAUGCUCGCAGGCUGGGGGCCCGGGACAGAUGGUUGCUGGGGAAGAGGGGGCAGAGCGGACCGCGCAAGCAUCCCGAGGUGACAAAUGCAGUUAGUUCUUCAUUGUUUGGGCAUUUUCCCCUCCUAGCGAAUAAAUCUUCUGUUGAGCCACAGACCUAAAAAGUCAACAAAGGAGGCCGGGCGCCGGGUCUCCGGCCCACCCCGCGGCCUGCCCGGCCGAGUCGCUCCCGCUGCGUAAUCCCUUCCUCGGAAACCCCGACACACAAACGCCGGCUCGCCGGACCAGGGCGCCGCGCCGGGGCCAGGAAGAAAACAUCUGUGCUUCCAGCGGCGCACAGGGACCCUCCCGAGAGCGCCGCCUGCGACGACCCCGACAUCCUCCGCCCCCACCCCGUUUUAGACCCCGGGCCCCUGAUUUCUUCUCCCGUGCUUCAUCCUCCAGAAAGUGGACGUACAGGGCUCAGCAGACGCCCGGAGCUCAGAUUUUUUUUAGGAAUUUUGCUCGGGAUAGGGGAGGGGUCAGAAGCGGGGGUGGCGAGGAGGGCUUCCAACUGACCCAAGUGGAAAGUUUCAGGGGCCGUGGGAUUCACCACGCCGCGGAGUAAACAGUAACACAGAAAAACCUUUGGGCCGUGAGUGCAGUGCGGGCCUGGGAGAGGAGCCUCAAUAAUUAUUUUCACCGUGUGCUUGGAAGCUCAGCUCUGAAACCUUUUUAAACAUUGAUUGGAAAAAUAAAACAAAAAAGAGCCCAAGAUAGAUACAGAAGUUCUAUUCAGCGCAACUAAACGACUCGGAAGCCUUCCCAAGCAGAAGGCAGCUCAGCCGAGAUCACCUUCAAAUCUCAAAGAUAAAAUUCAAUUUCUAUUGUCCCUUCGUGGCCUCCCGCUCUGCAGAAAGAUGGAUGGGAAGUAAUAGGCGAUGUAAAAUGAACAUAUGCCUGUCUAGUUCUUUUCUUUUUUCAGAAGGCAGAUUUCAUUGAAACUGUUAAACAUUUUUUUUCUCGAGUUUAACCGUUUUGAAUGAGCCACAACAGAAGAGAAUUCCAAGAAUGAUAAAAUUAUAAAAUUCUGUUAUUUGGCAUUUAAAAUAUUGAUCUCAGUUCCAUGAAAAUGCUUAUUAAGUUUCUUUACAAAAAAAACCUACCGUGAUCAAUAGAAAUUCCUUUCACUGCAGACGAAACUAGGAGACCUGUAGCCCAAAUUAAUUAACCUUUCCUCAAGAUCAAUUGGUUUUCUGUUGAUUUAGCAGUAAUAUCAUAGAACAUUUAGCUAUAAUGUAUUUUAAUGUGACACUUCAGUAUGUCAAGAGGAAAACCCUCAUUGAAAAUAAAAUUGCUUAAAUUAUGUUGUAUGUAUUUAAUAAAGUUUUAAAAAUUGUCUUGAAAAUUAA